CUCAAACUGAGCCACUGACCUGCCCUGGCUGGACGCUCCUGUGGCAUGGUGGUGAUAUGUGUGUGUGUGUUUCUAAGUUUUAGUGUGGGAUCUGGGAGGAGGUGAGUGGCUAAAGGGGAGGGAAGAGAGGGCAGCACGGGCCUAGGUGGCCCUAGGCCUCUACCAUGCUGGAGUACAUCGAUUAUGAUGCCCAGACACUGAAUGCCUCUGAGCAGUCACACUGGUAUUGGCGCCUGUGGACCUGCUGCUUGGGCUAUGGGUGCCUUGAUUACCAAGUGGAUGAAUAUCCUGCCAGCCUCAUCCCAUAUGAACCUGUGGGACAGUUCCAAAGGGCAGCCAGCAUGGGUGAUUUGUCUACAGUAGAGCACUUCAUCACCUCCCGAAGAUACCACGUGGAUAAAUACGACAGGAGGAACAGGACUUCUCUACACUAUGCAUGCGCUCAUAACCACCCAGAAGUGGUGACCCUGUUAAUCAAAAACAACUGCAAUAUUAAUGUCCAGGAUGAUGAAGGCUGCACACCCUUGAUUAAGGCCACAGAGCGAAACAACCUGGAAUGCGUUUCCAUAUUACUGAAACAUGGUGCUGAUCCACAUAUGGCAGAUUUCACUGGAAAUACAGCUCUCCACUAUGCUGUAUAUAAUGGAAACAAAGCAAUUGCCAGUGAACUGCUGGAGUACAAAGUAGAUAUUAAUGCCACAACAAAGCAUGGCGUCACACCAUUUUCCCUUGCUGUAUUUGAAAAAAAGGAGAAGAUAGCAGAGUUUUUAAGAGAGAGGGGUGCAAAUGAACAUGAAGUCAUUGAGUCAAAUAGUGAAACUUCACUUGGAGAAGAGUCAUCAUCAAUGCUUAAUUAUGAUGCACAAAUCAAUACAGAAGUGGAUAACAGUACUGAACAUACAUCUUUAUCUAGUGGAGGAACUUCUUUCAAACAGCCAGAAGAAAGAACUAAAAAGCAUAUCAUGUUCAAUGAAGAAGUGCACUACAGCACUAAUCCAAAGCCUUUCUGCAGUGAAGUAAGACAUCCAGGACAGCUAAAACCAAUACUUAAAAAGCCCAACCAGAUCAGUACAGAAGUGGAUAACAAUACUGAAGAGAAGUCUUUAUCCAGGCUUCCUGACAAACCUGACCCUGAUAUUCUUGGGCCUACAAAAGAGGACAAUGACAGUAUUUCCAUUAUAAAGAAAAUAUCUAUAGACCCAGAAAUGAAUAUAAAUAACAUUGAGUGUAUCUCUGUAAAAACUUCAUCGAGGAUUUUACAUCAGAGUAAGCCGGUCAGAAGAAGGGUAGAGAACAGAGUUCGAAAACUUUUAAGAAGAUGUGAAGCUAGUGUUUUUUCUCAGGGAGUGCCACUACCUGUUACCUCUGAAGAAGAAACACCCAUAAAGAAUCUAUCUCCAGACUCAGCAAUAGAGAUGCUUGAUAGAGAAUCUGUACCUUUGAGACUUCCUCCUGAGGACAAUAGUGAUGAUAUGUUGCUGGUGCAAAAGAAUACUCAGGGUGACAGCCACAUCAAAAAAGAGACAACAAAGAUGCCUCCAUCUGAGGUCUCAAAUGAAGAAAAAUGGGCCCAGCUAGUUGCAACACAGUAUUCAUUUCUUAGCCAGUACCUCAAGGAAAGAUUAAAGGAAAAGAUGAAAGAAGGUAGUGAAAACUCUGAAUCUGAUGCUUCUGAUGAAGAACCAGUACCUAGUACCUCUGCAGGAAGAACACACUUAAUGCAAAAAAUGUCCCUGAACCAAAAAGCAAGGACUAACUCUGACAGAGAGUAUGCAUCUACACAAUCAAAAGAUCUCUGUGCAAAAAGAAGUGAGGAGGAGGAAUGGGCCCAGCUUAGUGCACUCCAGUAUGCACAUAUUAACAAGCUCCUCAGGCAGGAUUUAAAGAAGAAAAUCUGUAAAAUGUAUGAAAACUCUGAAAAUAAUGUCUGUUCUAACAAAGCACCAAUUCCUGAAAAGCUCAAACAAAGAAAACACUUUAAGAAAAUGACAGAGAAAAGAAAGAAACAUGAAAGAAAAGAUGCAUACAUGUAUUCAAGACAUUCUUCAGUCAAGAGGAAGGAAGACAGAAAGGAGCAAGCUGACUGGCACCUUGAGCGACUAAAGGAACUCCUCAAAAAUGACAUAAAGGAGAUGCUGAAGGAGCAAUUGACUACAGAGCAUGCAAGGAUGAGGAAACUCCUUAGAAAGGAUGUAAAGAAAAUUAGUGAACUAAUCAGGAAUGAAUUAAGGCAAAUAUGCAUUGAACAGAUGGCUCUUUUGCAAGCACAGGUGAAGGAGACACAGGAGGAGCAGGUGAAUCUGCAGUACCUACAGCUGAAGGACCACUUCAGAAGGGUCUUAAAGGAGGUGGUUCAUGAACAUAUUAAAAAGUCUAAAAUUAUUCUUUGUCCUAAUGAAAAGCCACUACUUGGUACCUCUAAAAGAACUGCAGACUUACAGAGAACAUCUCUACAACAAAAAGUAAAGAAAAAAUAUGAAGGUGACCAUGACAGUUCCCUUUUGCAUUCAGAAGAACCUUUGAUGCAAACUGAUGAGGGCAGGCAGAAUGAUUCCCAUUGUAUGCUUGUAAAUAAAUUCAUUAAAGAAGAACUAAAAGAAGCAUUUUGUGAAAUAUUUGAAAGAAAUAAAUAUGAUACCUGUUUGAAGAAAGAACUACCUCAUAUCUCUAAAGAAAGAAAACAGCUAAGGAAAGUAUCUCAAGAAGAAGAAAUUGAGAAGGAACACAAUGUUGAAUAUGCAUCCUUCUGGUCACAGCCUUCUAUGAGAACAGAUGAGGCAACAGUAGGUGAGCAGAAUGCACAGCAGUACAAACAUCUAAAAGAAUACCUCCAAAAAGACUUAAAGGAGAUGAUUUGUGAACAAUUUGAAAAUUCUGAAGUUAUUCUUUAUCCUAAGGAAGAGCUUCCAUCUGAUGACUCUAGAAGAGUAAUGCACAUAAAGGUUGAAGAAAAGAAGACAGGGUAUGUGUAUGUACCCCAUUUUAGCUCUUUUGAGCAUAGAAUUGCUGCCUUGAGGGCUACUACACACAUUGAACCAGAUCCUGCUGCCUGCACCGGUGGUGCAGGUGACAUGGGUGCCAUGGACAAAGCUCAAAAGGCUGAACUUGCUCUCCCACUUGCUUUAGCUCUUCAAACUGAGCACCCAAGGGGCCAACAACACAUUAACCCUGAGCCUGCUCCUGAGCACUGCUCUUAUGAGACCAUUGACCCUGAUCACAAUGCUGACUUUGCUCUUGACUCUUGUCUUCUUGCUCAAAGCAAGGCUGACAGGCUCAGUAGUGAUUCUGAAUCUGCUCCUCUUUGUGCCUCCUGUGACAUGGAGGACCCUGCUAAUGAUGCUGACCUAGAUGUCCAUGCUGCAUAUUCAACUGAUCACUCCAUCCAAAGCAUAAACACCAACACCAGGCCUGCUCUACUUCAUAGCAGAGGUGAUACCACUGAUCAUGAUAAUGGCACAGAUCUGGGUUCUGCUCUUCCUGUUGUUGUUGACUGAGGAGAUGGUUGAUGCACCAAAUUCUACAAGGGUAGUCUGGGUAAUCUAACCAAGAAGCUUUUUACCAGUAAGUAGACUAAUGAUCAGAUUAAGUUACCAUACAAACAAUGGUUUAAAAUAGAAGAUGAUUUUUGUCCUAGAAAACAAAAUUUUCUUUUAGUUAAAACUAAAUUUUAACUUAUGAUUAAAAAAUUCCAUGCUUCAUAUAAGGAUAUUUAAGCCUUGUCUGGUACCAGAAAAAAAAUCUGUUUCCCAGUAAUAUUGAAAAUAUACCAUAUAAAAAUAAAAAGUCAGUUAUCCCAAGGUA